CGCACGUGCGGAUCGGCCGCGCCCCACUGAGCAGAGAGCACCCUACUGCCGCCGACAGCCCGCGUCUGAACGGAGCGGGUCUCGGCCGGGCGCUGCCUUCACACGCGCCCAGGAGUGUCACGUGUGCCCCUCACCCCCAGGAAGGAAGCCCCUUGUCCCGCACAGCGCCAGGCGCCCCUCGCCCACCCACUCCGCUCCACUCUUUCUGCAAACGUUAUUUUUGGCGGUAGGGCAGAGGUUGCGGGCCGAGGUCCGGGUGCAGGGACAACGGUCGCCAGCUUCUGCGCUAGUUCCGUUACUCUUCGCUGGCACACGGUCCUGGGCUCCGCGAGGCUCUUCCCGCCGUGGCCUCCGGGGAUUGGCUGCUGGCAAGCCCCGCCCCGUGCCCCCAGGCUCUGAGGGGGCGGAGCGCAGAGGGAGAAGGCGCGAAGGCUGGGCGUCGCGAUCGCAGGUGGACGCGCGUGGCCCGCGAGACGAGAUUUGUCUAUUCAGGACUUUUCAGAGAAGUGGAAUCAUGCAGUAUGUGGCCUUCUUUCCCUUAGCAUCAUUUUUCAGAUUCAUCCAGAUCCCGUUGGAAAGCAACUGCAGCAUGUCCUGGAACAGUAGUCACACCCAACUCUCUGCUAAACUGUUUGGGAGGAAUGGAGUGUUGGAGGAGCAGAAAUCUCCAGGAUUCAAGAAAAGAGAGACAGAGGUGUAUGUUGGCAAUCUUCCACUGGAUAUUUCUAAGGAGGAAAUUCUGUACCUUCUAAAGGACUUCAACCCUCUUGAUGUCCACAAAAUCCAGAAUGGCUGCAAAUGCUUUGCAUUUGUAGAUCUGGGCUCCAUGCAGAAAGUGAGACUUGCAAUCCAGGAGCUGAAUGGCAAACUCUUCCACAAGCGAAAACUGUUCGUGAAUACAAGCAAAAGGCCCCCCAAGAGGACCCCUGAUGUGAUCCAGCAGCCCUGGGCGCCGCUGGUGUUGGAGAAGGCUUCUGGUGAAGGAUUUGGCAAAACCGCCGCUAUUAUACAGCUCUCUCCUAAAGCUCCUGUUGACCUGUGUGAGACAGAGAAACUGAGGGCAGCCGUCUUUGCAGUCCCCUUGGAAAUGAGAGGGUCCUUCCUGGUGCUGCUCCUGAGGGAAUGCUUCCGAGACCUGAGCUGGCUGGCACUCAUUCACAGUGUCCGUGGGGAGGCAGGGCUGCUGGUGACCAGUAUCGUCCCGAAGACCCCGUUUUUCUGGGCCAUGCACAUCACUGAGGCUCUGCACCAGAACAUGCAGGCGCUGUUUAGCACCCUGGCUCAGGCGGAGGAGCAGCAGCCCUACCUGGAGGGCUCCGCCGUUAAGCGCGGGACUCGCUGUCUGGCAGAGUACCACCUGGGGGAUUAUGGACACGCUUGGAACAGGUGUUGGGUGCUGGACAGGGUGGACACCUGGGCUGUGGUCAUGUUCAUUGAUUUUGGACAGUUGGCCACCAUCCCUGUGCAGUCUCUGCGCAGCCUAGACAGUGACGACUUCUGGACCAUCCCACCCCUGACUCAGCCAUUCAUGCUGGAGAAAGACAUUUUGAGUUCGUAUGAGGUUGUCCAUCGAAUCCUCAAAGGGAAAAUCACUGGUGCUUUGAACUCGGAGGUAACUGCCCCUGCAUCUAACUUGGCUGUUGUCCCUCCACUCCUGCCCUUAGGGUCUCUGCAGCAGGCUGCUGCCUAG